AUGUCAAAUACAGAAAACAUCGAUGAAUUCACUAGACGUCUAGGCGAUAUAAGAAGACGCAACCGACCCAAUCAGCGACGAAAUUACAACUUUAUUCCUUCGCGAGGUCCUCCUGAAGCUCCUCAAGUUCCCGUAGCUUCUCGCACCUAUACUUCUGCAUCCCGAUCAUCCCGAUCAUCUCCUUUCAACCCAAACCCCGAAUAUCAAUCCAUACACAAUCGACGAAGAGCAAUCCAAGCAGCUUUUGCUGUGACGGGUCAAAUGUCACUACGGCGUCCACCGGUAGUCUUAGGGGGUAGACAACCUGUUGCUCAUCACAUGCAUAGGAAUGAGCUAGAUAUUGCCUCAAAUGAACCUCCUAUCAAUGAUACCAGCCCUGCCCGCCUUGAAGAAUUACAGAGCCAAGUUAACCACCUGCAUAUCCACAUUGAUCAACUACAAACCCGCAUUUAUCAACUACAGAUCAGUAUUUCUGAGCUACCAGCCCUCGCUGAACAUAUGCAAGCCAGCACCAACCUAUUCCUGAUCCGUAUAAAUCAGCUAAAAGCCCGUCUUGAACAAUUACAAGACCGCAUUGAUGACUUCCCGAUCCGUAUUACUCAACUACAAACCCACUUCAGCCCUUUUCCGAGCAAUCUCGAAAGUGUACAAGCUCGCAUUCAUCAAUUCCGGGUUCGCGUUGAUCAUUUAAAUGCACGCAUCGAAAAAUUACAGACUCGCAUUGACCGAAUGUCAUCCCAACUUAACCAAUUACAAACCCGCGUGGAACAUUUAUUACAGCGAGCACUCCUUAUCAUGCAGGAAGAAACGAAUGCACCAAGGACCAUUCCAAAUCACCGACCCACUCUCUUCCCCGACUUUCCUCUCCCUCCUGUUCUAGGAAGAGACAGGCUCAAUUCAAUCCUAACUAGAUACCAAAACACCGCCUUGCGGGUGCGCAAAACCGCUAUUGAGAAUCUUCUUCAGUCUGUGGAUGGAGCUUGGGAGAAUAUCGAUCUGUGUUUUUGUGGUGAUCUGUAUGAGCAUGUGACGGCUGCGGGGGAAUCCCAUGCGCCUGCGAAGAUGCCGAAGUGUGGUCAUGUUUUUGGGAGACCUUGUAUUGCGCUUUGGUUGAAGGAGAAGGAUACUUGUCCUAUGUGUAGGGAUGAAGUUGAUUUGCCUGUGGGGGAGAGGGAUUAUUUGAGAGAUUUGUAA